GUGGUCAAUGUCCUUGGGACACUGUGCGGUUUGUUUGUGUUUUGUAUUGAUUAUUUGUAUCAGUUUUAAAAUCAAAUAACUCGAUAGAGAAUUGUGAUUGGUGAGUGUAAAGUGGAUAUCUAACAAGGACAGCCAUGGGGAAUGUACACACCGUCGGCCCGAACGAGGCGUUGAUAGUUUCAGGCGGUUGUUUCGGCGCGUCCCGCAAGCGCACGAUCGUGGGCGGCUGGGCCUUCGCCUGGUGGCUCGUCACCGACGUGCAGCGCAUCUCACUAGAGGUGAUGACCCUCAACCCGAUGUGCGAGUACGUGGAGACAGCUCAAGGCGUCCCACUCACAGUGACCGGGGUGGCGCAGUGCAAGAUCAUGAACGAGGACGAGCUGCUCACCACCGCGUGCGAGCAGUUCCUCGGCAAGUCUGUGAGAGAGAUCAAGGUCACCGUGCUGCAGACGCUCGAGGGGCAUCUCAGGGCUAUACUGGGAACGCUUACAGUCGAAGAGGUGUACAAAGACCGGGACCAGUUCGCUGCGCUUGUGCGCGAGGUGGCAGCACCGGACGUCGGCCGGAUGGGCAUCGAGAUCCUGUCCUUCACCAUCAAGGAUGUGUACGAUGACGUGCAGUACCUGGCCAGCCUGGGCAAGGCGCAGACGGCGAACGUGAAGAGGGACGCUGAUACCGGAGUGGCUAAUGCUAAUAGGGACGCUGGGAUUCGGGAAGCUGAAUGUGAGAAGAGCUCGAUGGACGUGAAGUACUCGAUGGACACCAAGAUCGAGGACAACGCGCGCCUCUUCAAGCUGCAGAAGGCGCAGUUCGACCAGGAGAUCAACACUGCUAAAGCGGAAGCGGCGCUAGCAUACGAGCUGCAAGCGGCGAAGAUAAAACAGAAGAUACGAAACGAAGAGAUCCAGAUCGAGAUCGUCGAGCGACGCAAACAGAUCGAGGUGGAGCAGCAGGAGAUCCUGCGCAACGAGGAGGAGCUGAUGGCGACGGUGCGGCUGCCGGCCGAGGCGGAGGCCUACCGCCUGCAGACCAUCGCCGAGGGGAAGCGCACGCAAACCAUCGAAGGCGCCAAAGCCGAUGCGGAACGCAUCAAGAGCCUGGGCGUGGCGGAGGCGACGGCCAUCGGCGACGUGGGCAAGGCCGACGCCGAGCGCAUGCUGGCCAAGGCCAAGGUCUACCGCCAGUACGGGGACGCCGCCAUCAUGGCCCUCGUGCUUGAGGCACUGCCUAAGAUCGCAGCCGAAGUAUCAGCGCCCCUAGCCAAGACCGACGAGAUAAUCCUGGUGGGAGACGGCGGCGCGACGGGCGAGGUGGCGCGCCUGGCGAGCAGCCUGCCGCCCGCGCUGAAGACGCUCACCGGCCUGGAUCUGACGGCCAUGCUGAAGCGACUCGAGCCGAAGAAGGACCACGAAGAAAUGACGCUGACAACUUCUUCAUCCAAGAAGAACAUCGCCGCCUGCUAAGCACAGUUUUAGCUUUAAGUGUGUUUUGAUCAAAAAAUAUAAGCUAUUAAUAUUUAUCAUUGUCACUAUUGUUCAGAAUAAGGUUCGGAAGACGGAAGGACUUGGUAUCGUUGGAGUUCUUAUAACGUUCUUGUGCACAACUCUAGUACAUCGUUGGAAUAACUUUUGCUUUAUUUUUCGAUUCGGAAAUCACCACUUUUGCAAUGGAUAAAAACUCAACCCACCUAUUCCGACUUUAUGUAUCUACUAAGUAAGUUUAUUUAUUAGUAUAUGUAUGUAAUGCAGUGAUAGCUUUGUGCCAUACCUACAAAUGCAAAUUUACCUAAGAUUUACUAAACCAAUCAAUCACGGAAAAACAAUAGAAAACAGUCUCCGCUCAACGCAAUGAGAGCUUUUAAACAUUAAACAGUAGGUAUUGGUAUCCUUAAAGUAGCUUAGCCGUUAUUAUAAUCGAUAUCCAAUUAAUACCUACCGAUUUAAAAAAAAAACCAUUGAAAUGUGUAGAGUGCGACAGGUCAAAUAAAGCUUUGGUGAUCCUGAUCAAAUUAUAAUACCUACCUAAGUAGUUUAUAAAAUGUAAAUGUAUUAUUUGAUGGCAAAGGAGUAAAAUCACGAUAACCCGAGUGUUAAAGAAAUCAUUGUGUAAAUUCAUCAGGCGAAUGUUUCAUUGGUUAACUUGAUUAGAUAAAUAUAAAUUACCAAUUUUGUACCUAACUAAACUAAAAUUGUGUUCAAAAAUGUAUUUUAAUAGGGAGUAGAAAUUAAUAUUCAUAAUUAAAAUAACUUUUAUUUGUACCUAGCAUUGAAUUCUUACCAACUUAACUUAUUUCUCUUUAGGAGAUGUGAAGUACCUACUAUUUAACUAGGUACCUAUCUAGUUACCUACCUGUUCAGAAAUCGCAUAAAGAUAGCUGAUAACUCUAUAAGAAAUUAUAUUUUCAAACCUAGUUUUUCUUAUAGGUAUUUAAGAUAGUUUUUGUACAAUCUUCUACAAGUUUUGGUGCAUUUGUUUUAAAUUAAAAAGGGUAUCCACAGAAUAACUCGAAAGCCCCUCGAAAGUAUUGAGAUUGUGUACUAUACGUAUUGUGACCUUAGAUAAUACUUAUACUAAAUCGGCCGUUAUCAUCUUAGUUAUUAUAUUUUAGACUGUACCUACCACAAAUUUAUAAAAUCCAAAGACUCAGCUAUAAAAACACUUUUUAACCCUGUCACAAUUUUAACUAACGUGCAACGUACACUAGGUAGGUACUUACCUUUUAUUGAGACAGGGUUCAAAAACUGAAGUAUGUAUAUCUUUCCUUGUUUUUUGCAUUUAUCUCGGUAUUUUGUUAAGGUAUUCAAUAGGUAUUGAUGUGUAUCUCUAGGCGUAUAAUUAUUCUAAAAAGUAUACAAAGUAAAAUUACAUCAGAAAUAUUUAUUUUUAAUUCUUUUGAUGUAAAGUGUGAAUCAAUUUAUUUUUAUGAAUAAAAAUAGUGUAUUAAAUAA